CUUGCGUAUAAAAAAUACAAACAAAGGCUUCACAGAUAGAGCAAUGCGACAGAAAAUGGAAAACGACGACGAAGAAGAGGCGCCUCUCGCAGUUCAAAUUGAAGAAAGCUUGGAACCCUACCCUCACGAACAAUCCAAUUCAAGGCGACCGGAAAACGAAGACAUUUGCGUCGGGGUCACCGUCAUCACAGGCUAUCUCGGAGCUGGAAAAUCCACUCUGGUGAAUCACAUACUGAAUUCGCAACACGGGAAAAGGAUAGCGGUGAUCUUGAAUGAGUUCGGUGAGGAAAUUGGAGUAGAAAGAGCGAUGAUCAAUGAAGGAGAUGGCGGCGCGCUGGUUGAAGAAUGGGUUGAACUAGCAAAUGGUUGUAUCUGUUGCAAUGUCAAGCACAGUUUAGUCCAAGCGCUUGAGCAACUUGUACAGAGGAAGGAAAAACUUGAUCACAUUUUACUGGAGACCACGGGGUUGGCGAACCCAGCUCCACUUGCAUCUGUUCUUUGGUUGGAUGAUCAGCUGGAAUCAGCGGUCAGGCUCGAUUCGAUUAUCACCGUUGUUGAUGCCAAAAACCUUCGUUUUCAGCUCAAUGAGCGAAAAGUGUUGUCUUCAUUUCCUGAAGCCUUUCUUCAAAUAGCAUUUGCGGAUGUUGUAAUUCUCAACAAGGUUGAUUUGGUUUCUGCUGAGGGCUGUGAAGGUGUUCUGGAGGAACUGGUGAAGGAGAUUCAUAACAUUAACUCCCUUGCCAGCAUCAUCCGCUCUGUUCGGUGUCAAGUUGACUUGCCUAAGUUAUUGAACUGUCGGGCCUAUGAUGCUACACACGCCACUCAUUUAGAAGCAUUGUUGGAAGAAAGCCGUUCUCUAUCUACUGGGGAUCUUCAUGAUAGUGGUGUGAGAACCUUGUGCAUUAGUGAGCCACGACAGGUUGAUCUUGAUAAGGUUCGUUUAUGGCUUGAGGAGAUUCUUUGGGAUAAGAAAUAUGGUAUGGAAGUGUAUCGCUGCAAAGGAGUACUAAGCAUUCAAAAUUCUGAUCAACUACAUACUUUACAGGCCGUGAGGGAGAUAUAUGAGAUUGUUCCAUCUCGCAAAUGGAAAGGUGAGGAAAGUCAGAUGAACAAGAUAGUUUUCAUAGGUCAUAACCUGAAUGAGGACGUUCUUACUGAUUCCUUCAGCAAUUGCACAACUUCGUGAUAAUAAUACUAGAAUACUGAUAGUUGAUUGUCAUCUCUUCUCAAAAUUAGAAAGUUAAGCUGUAAAUCAUGAUCUGGGUAGAAUAUUAGAAGCUUCGCUGAUUCUAGACAUGUGCCUUGAUUCCUUGAAGUCCUACACAUCAAGCAUUAUCAACUUGGCAACACAAGAAAUUUAAAUGAAUCAACGUUUCUAAUUCUUGAGUUUUGACUACAGGUUACAUGAGAAUAUAAUUACGAAUUUUCCUUUUUUGUGAGAAUUCAGUUGGUGCUUAGCACUCUUUUUGGGAUUUGUCAUUGGGUUCUUUAAUUUCUUCUCUUGUUCUGCUUGUUUUACUGACGUUGCAAUUGCAUGAGGUUGAUUGCUAAUAUAGGUUAAGCAGAAGGGAAACAAGACCGCACCAUUCAGUACAUUUCUUUUCCUAUUUAUGGAGCAGGAUUACUGAACAACCCGUACAUACUGCAACAAAACUGAAAAUAAUAGUUAGUCUAAUUUUGGUCGUUAUUGUAUGUAAUAUGCACGGGAGUUUGCCCUUUCAACUCUCAUACUAUGAUAGCAUUUUUCAUAGGA